AGCGCAGGGACGCACGGUCGCGUAAGCUCUGGUUGGCUGGCUAUCUUGCAGCCGUACGCAAAGAGGCGUGCGGAGAACCGCCUGGAGGAAAGAGAGAGAGCGCGCGCGCGCGAGGGAGAGGAGGGGAGAGGUCAAGUGAUCCGACGCCAAGAUGGCCGCCGCUGCCUCCUUGUUUUGAUGAAUAAUCUCUGUGUGGGGAGGCAGAAGCAGCGUCUGCAGCAGCUGAGGGAGAAGAGUGUGAAGGGGCAGCUCUGAGGGAAGUGUGUUGGUGGCUUGCCGAGAGGUGUAAGGCCAGUCAUUGGCGCGGGCUUUCCCCACCACCACCCUCUUUCCACACUGCCUCCUUUUCUCUGCAGCCCCAGCCAAGCUAGGCACCUGGAGAAUUCAAGGGGCUUAGGUGGAAGAGAAGGUGGCUUAAGCUGGGGCCGCGUGCGAGGCGAAAGGGAGGCAGCUGGCUAAACUGGGGCUUCAGGUUAGGCAGCCGACUAAGAGGGGACUGUUGUAAUAUAUAGCUGGUGGCAGGGCGCUGUAUUCAUAUAUCUAUCUAUAUAUUGAAUAUACUGUAUAGGAGCCAGCAAGCAGCUUGGGGCUUCUAGCAGGGGGAGAAAGAGCCGGACCUAUCUUAUGUGUAUAUAUGGGACUAAUAGGGUUUCCUGGGUAUACGGAAGGCAGCCUGCGAUUGGGAACUGGGGAUAGUCAGCAAGCGGAAGGCUCUCUGCCGUGUUUGGUGGACGGUGAGCAAUAGGAGCUUCUUGUGAUACGAGGCGGUAUCUUGCUGACCUGGGGAGCUUUUAGGGUUUGUAGGAAGGUCCAUAACAGGCGGCAGGGUGCCACUGAGGCUUUAGGACAACUGGGGGACAGUGAGCAGUGAGUUUUCUGGGAUCGGUCAGAGGCUGCUUGGUAGGCCACCUGGGGUGCCUGGAGUGUGGAGAAAAAAGGUCAGUGGGACCCAAGGCAGGAAGCAGGAGCUAGGAUCCUAGGGGGUUAUCGGCAGCCUGUGGAGGGAGGCUUUUAAAGCUGGGGCUACCAAGGAGAUAGCUUCAGGUACAGGAAGGGGUAAGGUCUGGAGGUUUAGAUAGGAGUGGCUUAUGCGUGUGUUAAUAAUCAUUUAGUUGACUAGCAAACCAGAGAGAAACAGCCUCUGCCCAAGAACAGGGGAAGUAUAUUCUGUAGUGGUGGUCUUUACCUCUAACUAUGCAAUUCUGAAACGUCCCUAGGGAAAGAGGCAGCACGACAGGAUUUCCCUUAAAGACACACUCUCCCACAAGCACGCCCCUCAAGGGAAGUACAGAGCUCCCCUUCCCCCAAACUCCUUUCACCAUUAAGAGGAAAACAAUGGAGGAGCUGAGCGCUGAUGAGAUCCGUCGGAGGCGCCUUGCCCGGCUAGCCGGCGGGCCAUCUUCUCAGCCCACCACACCACUUACGUCUCCGCAGAGGGAAAACCCUCCGGGGCCUCCUGCAGCAGCACCACCUUCUGGAGCGCCCCAUAACCUUGGGCUAAACAUUCAUAGCAUGACCCCAGCUACCUCUCCCAUUGGCGCAUCAGGUGUAGCCCACCGCAGCCAGAGUAGCGAAGGUGUGAGUUCGCUCAGUAGCUCCCCAUCAAACAGCCUCGAAACACAAUCUCAGUCCCUCUCCCGGUCGCAGAGCAUGGAUAUCGAUAGUGUCUCCUGUGAGAAAAGUAUGUCCCAGGUGGAUGUAGAUUCAGGAAUUGAAAACAUGGAAGUUGACGAGAAUGACCGAAGAGAGAAAAGGAGCCUCACUGAUAAGGAGCCCCCAUCAGGAUCAGAGAUAUCGGAAGAGCAAGCCUUACAGCUGGUCUGCAAGAUUUUCCGGGUCUCCUGGAAGGACAGAGACAGAGACGUCAUCUUCCUAACUUCGCUUUCUGAGCAGUUUAAACAGAACCCAAAGGAAGUGUUCUCGGACUUCAAAGACUUGAUUGGCCAGAUCCUGAUGGAAGUUCUGAUGAUGUCGACCCAGUCGAAGGAGGAAAACCCCUUUGCCAGUUUGACAGCCACCUCGCAGCCCAUUGCAGCAGCUGCUCGGUCGCCUGAUAGAAAUCUGGUUCUGAACACUGGUUCCAAUCCAGGAACGAGCCCCAUUUUCUGUAACGUGGGCUCGUUUGGCUCCAGCUCCUUAUCGAGUCUCUAUGGAACCAGCCCAGCUCCUCUUUUCAGCCUCUCAAGCCGCGCACCUUUAGCCGGUUCCUUCCUUGCCUCUUCCGCCAGCCCAGUUGCCCCCACCCCUCCCAUUUCUGCUAGCCCUCAUGUUGUGCCAGCAGGCCCACUGGUAGUCCAACCCCCAUCCCCGAGGUACCGCCCGUACAUGGUGGCUCAUCCCUGGGCCUUCCCAGCUCUUCCCACUCUGCCUUCAGCAAGCACCUCCACCCUCUCCCGCUCUCCAACUCCUCCUGUUAUAAGCGCCAGUCCUCCAGCUGUGCGGGCUGGUUUGCCCAGGCUUAGGCCCGUAGCUAUGGCCCUGCCUCUGUUCCCUGCUUCGCCCGGGCCCCUUGGCAGACAUUCUUCUUUCCUGAGCAGGACACCGUCUAGUAUGUACGACAACCCUUUUUCCCUCCUCCUUGCCGUUUCUGAUGUUUCUGGGGACAGUUCUGAUGAAGAAAAUGAGGACGAGGAUGAGGAUGAUUUUUCUUGUGUCCAAUUUGGGUCCAGUGGUGGAGGCUCUGGAGGAGCCAGCAUUUCUGACUCGUGCAGCGACCACUUCACCAUCGAGACAUGCAAGGAAACUGAGAUGCUGAACUACCUCAUUGAGUGUUUUGACCGAGUGGGGAUAGAGGAGAGAAAAGCACCAAAGAUGUGUAGCCAGCCGGUGGUGAGCCAGUUACUGAGCAACAUCCGAUCUCAAUGCAUUUCCCAUGCUGCUUUGGUGCUCCAAGGAUCCUUAACGCAACCGAGGUCAUUACAGCAGCAGUCGUUGCUAGUCCCGUACAUGCUCUGUAGGAAUCUCCCUUUUGGCUUCAUCCAAGAGCUGGUGAGAACGACCCAUCAGGAUGAAGAGGUGUUCAAACAGAUAUUUAUCCCCAUUUUACAAGGCCUGGCUGUUGCUUCGAAAGAGUGUUCCCUUGAUAGUGACAAUUUUAAAUACCCCCUAAUGGCUUUAGGUGAACUAUGUGAAAUCAAGUUUGGGAAAUCUCACCCCGUGUGCAGUUUGGUUGUGUCUUUGCCUUUGUGGCUGCCGAAGUCUCUGAGCCCCGGGACAGGUCGGGAACUGCAAAGACUCUCUUACCUUGGGGCUUUCUUCAGUCUCUCUGUCUUUGCUGAAGAUGAUCCUAGAGUGGUUGAAAAAUAUUUCUCUGGACCUGCCAUUACCCUUGAAAACACCAGGGUGGUUAGCCAGUCUUUGCAGCAUUACCUGGAAUCCGCAAGGCAAGAGCUGUUUAAGAUCCUGCAUAGUGUGUUACUGAACGGAGAAACCAGAGAGGCAGCUCUCAGCUACAUGGCAGCCAUGGUCAACGCCAACAUGAAGAAGGCCCAGAUGCAGACAGAUGACAGAUUGGUCUCUACAGACGGCUUUAUGCUCAACUUCCUGUGGGUGCUUCAGCAGCUGAGCACAAAGAUCAAGCUUGAGACGGUUGACCCCUCCUACAUCUUCCAUCCUCGGUGUCGCAUUGUACUCCCAGCGGAUGAGACGCGAGUGAAAGCUACCAUGGAGGAUGUUGGCAGCUGGAUGGUUGAGCUGUCUAGGGAUCAGUCCCUCUUUUCUGAGCCGAAAUUUCCAACGGAGUGCUUCUUCCUGACCCUCCAUGCUCAUCACCUGUCUAUCUUGCCAAGCUGCCGUCGAUACAUCCGUCGACUGAGGGCCAUCCGGGAGCUCAACAGGACCGUGGAGGACUUGAAGAAUAAUGAAACUCAGUGGAAGGAUUCUCCUCUGGCCACACGGCAUCGAGAAAUGCUAAAACGCUGCAAAACACAGCUCAAGAAAUUGGUGCGUUGCAAAGCCUGUGCAGAUGCCGGCCUCCUAGACGAGAAUUUCCUUAGAAGGUGCCUGAAUUUUUACAGCAUGGUCAUCCAGCUCUUGCUCCGGAUCCUAGACCCUGCCUACCCCAACAUAAAACUGCCUUUAAACCCUGAUGUCCCAAAAGUGUUUGCAGCGUUGCCUGAGUUUUAUGUGGAAGAUGUCGCGGAAUUUUUAUUUUUUAUUGUACAAUAUUCUCCUCAGGUACUUUAUGAGCCUUGCACCCAAGACGUUGUGACGUUCCUCGUUGUGAUGCUGUGCAACCAGAACUACAUCCGGAACCCCUACCUGGUGGCGAAGCUGGUGGAGGUGAUGUUUAUGACGAACCCGGCUGUCCAGCCACGGACACAGAAGUUCUUUGAGAUGAUUGAGAACCAUCCUCUCUCCACCAAGUUGCUUGUACCGUCGCUGAUGAAGUUUUAUACAGAUGUCGAGCACACCGGAGCCACCAGCGAGUUCUAUGACAAAUUUACAAUCCGCUACCACAUCAGCACCAUCUUCAAAAGCCUCUGGCAGAAUAUAGCUCACCAUGGCACCUUCAUGGAAGAGUUCAACUCUGGGAAGCAAUUUGUUCGCUACAUCAAUAUGCUGAUCAAUGACACAACGUUCUUGCUGGACGAGAGUUUGGAGUCCCUAAAACGCAUCCAUGAAGUGCAGGAGGAGAUGAAAAACAAAGAGCAUUGGGACUUGCUGCCCAGGGACCAGCAACAAGCACGGCAGUCUCAGCUGGCACAGGAUGAGAGGGUGUCGCGCUCUUACCUGGCCCUAGCAACAGAAACAGUCGAUAUGUUCCACAUCCUCACCAAACAAGUUCAGAAGCCUUUCCUCAGACCUGAGCUUGGGCCGCGAUUGGCUGCAAUGCUGAACUUCAACCUUCAGCAGCUGUGCGGCCCCAAGUGCCGCGACCUGAAAGUCGAGAACCCCGAGAAGUACGGCUUUGAACCAAAGAAGCUUUUGGACCAACUGACGGACAUCUACCUGCAGCUAGACUGCGCUCGCUUUGCAAAAGCAAUAGCUGAUGACCAGAGGUCCUACAGCAAGGAGCUAUUUGAGGAGGUCAUUUCAAAGAUGAGGAAAGCUGGAAUCAAGUCGACAAUAGCAAUAGAAAAAUUCAAGCUGCUAGCCGAAAAGGUGGAAGAAAUUGUUGCAAAGAAUGCCCGAGCUGAAAUUGACUACAGUGACGCUCCUGACGAGUUCAGAGAUCCACUCAUGGAUACAUUGAUGAGUGACCCUGUCAGGUUGCCAUCUGGGACCAUCAUGGAUAGAUCUAUCAUCCUCCGGCACCUUUUGAAUUCCUCCACAGAUCCAUUCAAUCGGCAAACACUAACGGAAAACAUGCUGGAACCAGUGCCAGAGCUCAAAGAGCAAAUCCAAGCCUGGAUGAGAGACAAACAGAACACUGACCAUUGAGGACCCUCCUCCUGCCUGGCAGCACACAUGCCAAGGUCAACUGUGAAGAGCAGGACGAAGGGGAUUGAGGCGUGGGGGAUGUGCUGAUUCUUUUGGAAGUGGAAGCUGGCUGGGCUGGAGCUCACACAGUGCCUGUUGUUGCUGCUGCUGCUGCUGCUGCUGCUCCUGCUGCAAAACGACAUAAAAGCAUGUGGAUGAAGAGAAGGAACAACAAAAAUUUUUAAAAGCAGCUUAAUUCUUGUACAUAUAUUUAAGUGAUCAAACACGCCGGUCGAUAACGUUGUGGGGGAUAAGUUUAGGAAGCUGGCUCUUGUUAUGAGGCAAAAAUCCUCUGACAUCUCAUAAUUGGGGUUUAUACAGCUUGAAUUCCUUUUUUAAAAUAAAAAAAAAAAACCUGGAAGACAUGUGGAUCAGGGAAGCAAAACCCUCAACAUGUUGUGUUGCUUUUGUUUUAAAAAUAUUGCCAGGUCUCCGUUAAUUUGAUUGUGGUUGAAACCUUGAACAUUUUGCUGCUAAAGUGACCCCCAUCACACAUACACAUUUUCUUUUCUUCCCUGUUAACUUUUCCCUACAUUACCCUCUCCGUUUUUUUUUUCUGUAAUGUGAAGCAAAUGUUCCCUGUAUAUUAAAAAAAAAAUCCUUCUCUAGCCCCAAGAGAACAUAAUCUUGAAAAGAUAAGUGUGCCUGCAACAAGUGUUAAUCUUGGGGAGGGAAUCAUAUUUUUCUAUUACACAUAUUCAUUUAUUUUUAUUUGGUCAGCCAUACAUGAGAAGAGUAAUCCACAAUGGCAGAUUUCCUUUUCUCUCCCCCGCUGCCCCUGCCUUUUUCUUUUCUUUUUGCACAUUGGAUUUUUGUCUUUUGGGAGACACUUAAACGCUUUAGGGUUUUUUGUUUUUUGUUUUUAAAGCCAGAGAUCUAAUAAGCUAAAUGAUGAUGAUUCUGAGUCUUUUAAGAGCUUGUCUCCCAAGCGGGGCAGAUCAUUUUAAGUCUCAGCACCUACCAGUGAAGGCAGGAAUACCCAUUUUUAUGUUGCGUACCAGUUUUGUAUCCAUGGCUUGGCCUUACCAAAGCAAAAAAAAAAAAAAAAAAGGGUGCAGAAAAAAAUGUAGACUUGCUUUUUUUUUUUAAGAAAAACACAGAAACUAUAUAAAAAAGACGAAACAUUUUUGUAUGACUGCCCCCUGCUUAAAGAUACUUGAAUUUCCUUUUUAAAAAGGAUUUGAAACCACAGUGUUUAAAAAAAAAGCCUGAAAAGAAAUGUUUUCUUUUUUCUUUUUCUUUCUUUUUCUUUUUGCUGACAGUGUCCUCUGUUCAGUUCCUGAUUCUUGAACUACAAUAAAUGGUGAUACACAUUCACAAUAA